AUGCGCCGCGCCUUGCUCCUCCUCCGCCUGCUGGGCGGCUUCGCUGCGCUGUUGGCUGCUGCCGCCCGGGAUGCAGAGAUCAGAUGUGCAUUCCCAGAAGUUCAAGGUGGCAAGAAGGCAGUAGCAGGAACUACAUAUCGAUUUGGAACGAAUGUUACUCUGGAAUGUGACAACGGUUAUGUGCUGGAAGGCAGCAGUCUGAUACAGUGCCAACAUGACUUUACCUGGGAUCCUCCUGUACCAGUCUGUAGAUCCAGUUCCUAUAACUUCAUCUCAGUAGUCCUCGGGAUCGUAGGUGGCGUACUGCUGCUUCUCCUGGUUACCAUCAUUAUCUGGAGGAUUAUGUCUAAGCAGAAUGCAGGCUAUUACUAUACACAUGAAAACAACAAGAACCAGAUGCCUUUAGCCCACAUAACUGAACAAAAAAUUUCAUUUGCACCAUAGCAGGCAGGAAACCGCUUCUCUUCAUGGUCGAGGAUUUUGCCUGGAGAACAUGGAAGCAUUUCCUUCACUUUCUUUGUGGGUAAUUUACCUUCUUGCAACGAAGUUCUCUAGGGGAAAAUGCAAAGCCAUAGCCUAUAGCGGACGUUGUUACUGCAGCUGCUUCCAUUAGAUGCUUAUAGCAGUUGAGUUCAUUAAGUUCAACUUUACACAGCACCAGACUGUAGCUUUUAGGCCUCCUUCCUGCCCUCCUGCUGUUUGUCCAUGAAAAUACCUUGCAUGCGGACUUCUGAGAUGAACAAGACACGCUGCAGCAUCAAGGAUGCUUACUCCUCAGAUUAUGCUCUGGCCUUCUUUCCCUUUCAUGGAAAUCCUUGUUUCUGAGCAGUUGACUAAGUAAUCUGUCACCUGGAGGAGGAGAAGACAAGGGCUGCUGAGCCUGCCUUGAUUAGAAACUGCAAGCACAAGACUCUGAACUUCCUCCUGAGCACGCUUCAUUGACUGCCACAGCUGUCUUCUGGAAACGUUUGGGAAGGUUGUGUGUGUGUGAAAGGAACCUUUAAUUUUGAGGAGUUAAUGGAUUUUAUAAAAAGGGCUUCAUGUUGCUCUUCACACACAUAGCACUUAAUGUCCUUCACCUUAUAGUAGAGAUACAAUCAACUUCUUUUACAACCCUUUGUAAUUUUUAACCCAUUUUGCCUUCAAUAUUUAAUUUUUUCUUCUUGGGUCACUUACUUUAAAAUAACUUAAUAGGCA